AUGGCUAGAACGCCCGGGAUGGGGAUGGAGGGUGAUGAGGGGUCGGGAGUGUUCUGUCAAAGUAACCUCGUCACGGCCACUCACAUCGCAGCUACUCCCAGAAGCACGUCACCAUCCAUCCCCCACACAUACUUAGGCGGCCCAAUCCCCUUCCCCACCUCUCUUCCCGCAUCCCUUGACGCCCAUGCUGUGCUGCUGGCAAUUGGGCCCUGCAAUGGGGCGCCUCCCGUCCCGUCCCCCUACGCCUACCCAUCUGCAUCCACCCCUCCACAUGCACCCCCAGCCAUACCCGUCUGGCCACGCCCCUUGGCUCCUGUGCUGUGCUGCUGGCAGUCGCACCCCAGAACGCUCUCAACCACUCCAAACCGCAACUUAUCCCAGAGGCACUUCACCUGCCCCCCUACCUAUUGUCCCCUAUCCCCUUCCCCACCUGUCUUCCCGCGCCCCUUGGCGCCCGUGCUGUCCCUGCUAACAGUCGCAUCCCGGUACCCUCAGAGGCCCGAAUACCCCGGGGCCAAGUCAUACCUGUCUGGCCGCGUCCCUUGGCGAACGUGCUGUGCUGCUGGCAAUCCCGUCCCGCGUGGGAAGCCCAGGAUGAGCCUGAGGGGGAACGGGGAGGGGAGGCGAGGGGAGAGGAGGAAAGGCAUGGUGGCGCGGGUCAGGGACACGGCAGGUCAGGGACACGGCAGGUCAGGGACACGGCAGGUCAGGGACACGGCAGGUCAGGGACACGGCAGGUCAGGGACACGGCAGGUCAGGGACACGGCAGGUCAGGGACACGGCAGGUCAGGGACACGGCAGGACGCGCAGCGAGUGGCGCAGGACGAGCAGGGAGUGGCGCAGGACGAGCAGGGAGUGGCGCAGGACGAGCAGGGAGUGGGGCAGGAAGAGCAGGGAGUGGGGCAGGAAGAGCAGGGAGUGGGGCAGGAAGAGCAGGGAGUGGGGCAGGAAGAGCAGGGAGUGGGGCAGGAAGAGCAGGGAGUGGGGCAGGAAGAGCAGGGAGUGGGGCAGGAAGAGCAGGGAGUGGGGCAGGAAGAGCAGGGAGUGGGGCAGGAAGAGCAGGGAGUGGGGCAGGAAGAGCAGGGAGUGGGGCAGGAAGAGCAGGGAGUGGGGCAGGAAGAGCAGGGAGUGGGGCAGGAAGAGCAGGGAGUGGGGCAGGAAGAGCAGGGAGUGGGGCAGGAAGAGCAGGGAGUGGGGCAGGAAGAGCAGGGAGUGGGGCAGGAAGAGCAGGGAGUGGGGCAGGAAGAGCAGGGAGUGGGGCAGGAAGAGCAGGGAGUGGGGCAGGAAGAGCAGGGAGUGGGGCAGCUAUCAAGUGGUGAUAUGGGAGGUCGGAAGGCAGAGAGGAGGAGAGGAGGAAACGAAGGCAGAAGAGAAAGAAACAAAGGAGGAGGACGUGAAAGGGAAGCUCACUUGCCUCAAUCACUUGCUUGA